AUGGGGUGCUGUGUCUUAUGCGAAGACAAAUGCGUCACUGCUGAGGGCACUGUGUGCAGAUUACCAGCGAGUGAAAGUGCCCAAAAAGCUGCGAAAACAAAAAAAUCUGAAAAGAAAGUAAAGACAACGGCAACUGGUAGACCAAGAGAGUACCACCUCAAGGGUUUUGCCUUUGCACUUCAGGGGAGAAACAUUCAAGGGAGGGGGUCAGGGGUAGAAGGGAAUUCAAGAAUAGAAAAUGGACAGAAGAUUUGGGCUUAUGAGGUAUUUCCAGCGUUGGCUGCACUACAUUUGGUGGUGCACGAACAUAAUGCCUACAUCCCUCGUAUACUACAUUGGAGGAGCAACACUUUGCCGCGUUUUUAUGAGCUCAUGAGCCAAGUCUUCGAAAACCGUGAGGUUGAUGUGCAACUUAUCCGGCCAUCUGUAAUUGACAAGCAGCAGGCGUAUUGGACUUGGGGCACGUCUGCCUCUGUAGAAGAAAAAGAUGAGGACAUUGAAGAAACUGCUAGCCUUCCGUCGUCUUCUAAGGCAAGCAUUACCUAUUUUCCAAUAUUCCAUAUAUAUGGUAAAAUGGCGUCCACUGAGUUACGCACUUUGAAGCGUGACUUUGAAAGGAUGAAGGAUGAAUUCGCCAAAGUUGUCAGUUCAAAUCGAGCGCUUCACAACAGAGUGCAUGAGUUGGAAGAAAUGGUACGGAGGGAGUCAUCCAAAGUUGAAAGAAAUAACAAGUGUGUGGAGGAUUUGCGCAACACAGUGGCAUCAAUGGAGCAUUAUUUUAAGCUGGAGCUAGAGCAGCUGCGAAAACAAGAUGGUGGGGUGAAAGAAGCUGGGGAAGGACAUGAGGACCUCGAUACUCCUCAUAUGAAUGAAGGAGGUGACAAUGAAUUGUCGCCAUUACAUGACAAUGUCACUCCGCCCACAAAAUCGGCAGCAAUGGCAACACAAGUCCCCAGUGAUGGAGCCGAACCUUCCGCAGCCAUGGUCACUCCAGUUCCUGACUUACAAGUGCAUGAAGCAGCUGCGCAUGCACAAUCCGAGAAGCUGCCUACCCCGGAAGAUGUGGCCGGUGUGUGA